CUCAGAUGUGACUUACUGUACGUUAAGAAGGGACAGAGUCAACAACCCAGACCAUCACCUCCUCCACACUAUUCAGAUCUGCUCAGGUCCAGUUGUAUUUUUAUGGGAAGACUUGCACAUGUGGACCUUUUUCUGUCAUUAUAGUUUCAAAGUUAGGGAUGGGUUCCGCGUUACUGAAAGCUUUCGUUGGAGGAGCCGUCCUCUUCGAGUGCAGCUACAGACCGGAGAACAGACUCCAGAGGAAGUACUUCUGCAAGACUGACGACACAUCCUGCUUAUCCAGCGGCAUCUCUCAUCCCACUGACAAGAGAAUUUCUCUUUCCGACAACAGGAACGGACUUUUCCGUUCUCUCAUCACUGGACUCACGGAAAAUGAUUCUGGAGAAUAUAGGUGUAUCGUAGAGACAGCUCCAAAUGUUUACGUGAACACUACAACAACACUGAAAGUGGAUCCAGAUCCACUUUACAUGCAGUCCAUCGUGAAGUCAGGUUAUGUUGGUGGUGACAUCGUCUUCGAUUGCCCGUACCCACCCACCACUAAUGGCAGUGUCAAGUACUUCUACAGGCAGAGGGACAUGUCUGCUUGCCCCGAGCUGGUGUCAUCUCAGUCUCCUCAGCCAAAGUCAAGGUAUUCUCUGGUGGCCAAAGACAACAACACAGAAGUCUUUUCAGUGACCAUCAGGAAGCUAACCCCGGAAGACACUGGGAACUACUGGUGUGGCUUUAGAACCGGGGGUUAUCUUGGAGGGAUAGCCAUGACAACAGAAGUGAAAUUGCAGAUAUUAGGGGAUAUUCCAAGGUUGACACCCACAACACUGUCCCCUGCACUGGCUGUGAUCAUCGUUUUGAUCUUGAUUGUGGCUGCUAUACUGUUUGGAGUCAUGAUGUACAGGCACAGAGUGAAGAGGAGGAGAGUUCAAUUCUCUGCCAGUCAGGCUGCACGUCAAGACAAUGCUGUUUCUCCAUCAUCAGCUAGUGGCGCCAUGGCAAUGGAUCCAUUCCCCAAGAAUCAGCAGGUUUACCAGAACCUCCGCCCCGACGCCACUCCAUCUGACGGCGGAGAUCACGAGGCAGCGGGUGCACCCACCGAUGGCAAGUCUGAGCACGUCUACGAAGCCCUGAAGAUCAGCCCCUCUCAGGCUGAGGACGCUGUGUACCUCACCUUAGUUCCUGAACCAAUGGCUGAAGCUUUAUGAACAGUUCAGAUGCAAAACCCUCUAAAUCUGUCUGAUCACUUUUCAUUUAAGUGAGCUUUUCUUUUAACAGGCUCCUAUACAUUUUUUUUUUUUUUUUGCCUUCAAAUUGAUAUUUCAGACCAGGAAAAGGGUCGUAUUCAGCAGGUUUUGAAACAAAACUAUUUGAUUAACGCAUACUGGUGAGAGCAUUCACCAUUGUUAUCUAAUUUUGUUAAAAUUCUCAUUUGAAACCUUAUUUUGAAGCUCUACAUUGACGACCUUUCAGUGGGUGAAAUGUACAUAUUUAUAAGUGGCUUCAAGACUAGCGUAUCAUCAGCGUAGGCCAACAAAGAACCCUGAGAGGAGGCAUGGUAGUGCCCCCUGCUGGAUUGUGAUGGUCAGUGCAAUGUUAAAAAGACAUUGAUAUGAAUAUCAAUGUCGAAUGUUGAAUAAGAAAUAUUAAUGACAACUGCCAAAAACAAGUAAGUAGACUGUAACAUGUGCUUUGUAUGCUGUGUAUUAGUUAGUGACGUACAACAUUGCUUUUCUUUAUGAUAACAUUUAUGUGUUUGUGUACAUUUUGUGUGUUGUGCAAUGGUGUCAUUAAACCUGACUCUCUCUC